GUGCGGCGCUUUGACAAGUAACGGGAAGUAGAGGAAGAAAAGUAAGUAGUCGCGAUCGUGGUAGAGAAAGUCGUAGCGCGAUUUGUGGUGUUAAGCUCCAGUUGUACGUUCGCUCUACGUCUGUACGGACAGCCAUCGGCGACGAUCCUUAAGCUUUGCAUUUCAAUUCUAUAUCGGAUCUCCCGUGAGACAUAUUACCAGUAGCUCCAAAAGGCAGCCCUAUACACACAAUGCCGGCGGAAAGUUACCUGAAGGCUGAGCCUGAGUUAAAAACAGAGUUGAGUGAAAUUGCGACAGCGAUGGUUAUGCCUGGUAAAGGUAUCCUGGCUGCUGAUGAGUCCACCAGUACCAUCGGCAAGCGUUUCAAUGACAUCAAUAUAGAGAACAACGAGGCUAAUCGGAAAGCUUACAGAGAAUUGCUUUUCACCGCAAACAAGGACGUGAUCAGCACACACAUUUCCGGUGUAAUAUUGUUCCACGAGACAUUGUACCAAGCAGCCGAUGAUGGUACGCCAUUCGUCGAAUUGCUGAAGGAGCGCAACAUCAUCCCAGGUAUCAAAGUCGAUAAGGGUGUAGUGCCGCUUUUCGGUACCAACGACGAAUGCACAACCCAAGGUCUUGAUGAUCUCCAGGCUCGCUGUAUCCAGUACAAAAAGGACGGCUGUCAAUUUGCCAAAUGGCGCUGCGUUCUAAAAAUUAAGAAAGGCUGCCCGUCGAAAUUAGCUAUCCUCGAGAACGCUAAUGUUUUAGCUCGCUAUGCGUCUAUCUGCCAGAGUGCGAGGAUAGUGCCAAUAGUCGAACCUGAAAUUUUGCCAGAUGGUUCUCACGAUAUCCAUAAAUGCCAACAGGUUACUGAGGAGGUUCUUUCCGCCGUUUACAAGGCUUUGGCAGAUCAUAAUGUAUACCUCGAAGGCACCAUCCUAAAGCCAAACAUGGUGACACCCGGACACAGCUGCCCAACGAAAGCCACUCCCGAGGAGAUUGCUACCGCGACGGUAACCGCACUCCAGCGCACUGUGCCGCCAGCAGUUUCUGGCAUCGCUUUCCUCAGUGGCGGCCAAUCCGAGGAGGAAGCUUCGGUCAAUCUCAAUGCGAUUAACCAAUAUUUGGGCAAGAAGCCCUGGUCCAUCUCAUUUAGCUACGGACGGGCUUUACAGGCUUCCGUUCUCCGCACUUGGGCAGGCAAGAAGGAACAGGUCGAGGCUGCGCAAAACGAACUCAUUAAGAGAGCGAAGGCUAAUAGCGAAGCUACACUUGGAACUUAUGAAGGUGGUGCCGUCGGAAAAGCUGGAAAUGCUAAUCUUUUCGUCGAAAACCAUGCUUAUUGAAUGUACAAAAUGCAGAAAUUCAAUAAUGCCUAAUGAAAAUUUACGUUAUUAAAAAAAAAAAAAAACAAAAAUGAAGAAUAGGAAGUGGAUUGAAAGGCAAAAAGAAAAAUUUAUUUAUAAUGUAUGUCAUACAAUAUAAUCUGUGGGGUCAUAUCGCAUAAAUAAUAGCAUAAAAACAACAAACACAAGUCAACGAAAAUAAACCUCACGCAGGAACGUUUAAUCAAUUUUACGUUGCUUUAAUAAAUUAAGAAAUCUUUAUGAAUGUAACAGUGUCGCAUUUGUAACGUUUAUUUUUAGUUUUGCUGUAUAUGUUACAAAAUUAUGUUAGAUAUUAUAGAUUGUUUUAAAU